UCCUUUAAUCUCCGUAUGCAUUGCAUCUUUGAUACGAUAUAACCAGGUCUAAGUGUCCUGCCUUUUUUUGUGCCGUAGCCUAAAGUCUCCACUUCGUGAAGAAUAUACAUGGAAACUGUAGCUCAACAGAUGUUCCAGACCUGCAACAAACUUUUCUCUAGAAAAACGCCAAAUUAUGUCUUGGAGGCCCAUCCAUCCAACAUUGAGACGGCAGCACAGAUGGACAACAUCCAACAUUUGACCAGUCCUUCCCAUACUCCCAGUGUGGAGGCUGUUGGAGCGAGUGUUCACCAUGUGGAGGCGGUGAUGGAGAGGGCCCACCAUGGUGGUGGAUGGCUCCUGUCUGGCAUCAUUUGCAUCAACAUCCUGAUCCUGGGCUGUGCUUUGGUCAGCGGCAGUGCCUUCAACACCGUGGCCAUUACUGCUGUGCACAGGCAAAUCUUCUUCAUCAUUCUCCUCCUCCUCACGAUGAUGUGGAUGCUGUUCUACACAGUCUUCACCUCUCGAAAGGAUCAAGCUGUCUUGUUCAAAGAUAGCCAUGCGGGGCCUGCGUGGCUCCGAGGGCGACUUCUGCUGUUUGGACUUCUCAGUCUCCUCAUGGACAUCUUCAAGAUUGUCACCUAUGUGGGCUACCUUCACUGUGACUCUACUGUUAAAGUUGUUUUUCCUGUCGUGCAAGCUGUAUUUCUGUUUGUUCAGACGUACUUCCUGUGGAUUCACGUAAAGGACUGUGUGCAGCUACACACCAAUUGUACACGGUGUGGGCUUACUCUUACACUUUCAACUAACCUGGUGGUGUGGAUGGCAGCUGUAACUGAGGAAUCCAUUCACCAGACUGACAUUCCUGAUCUAAAUGUCAAUGUCUCAUACAAGAUGUACAGAGCCAGCUAUGUUGAUAAGUGUAACUGCAGUCACUCGGUGUGCAACACCUUCAAAGAGGCCUUCUACUACCUGUACCCCUUCCACAUAGAAUACAGCCUCUUUGCUUCAGCUAUGGCCUACGUCAUGUGCAAAAACAUUGGUCGGCUUGUGGAGGAUCGCAGUCCCCACAUGGUCAAGUUCCAUCCAAAGGAUGUGUGCUUGGGACCUUUGACAGGAAUACUCCUGGUGGUGGCUGGACUUGUAACAUUCAUAGUGUACGAGAUGGACAUACUAACUGAGGAUGGGAAAAAAAUAAACAAGGCCCUGCUGAUUAAUUUCAUCAUGAAUAUAGUGAUAGUGAGCAUGAUGUCGGUCUCCACUGUGAUUUGCUGUAUCGUCUACAGGUUGGACCACAGGGAGCAUGUAUCGGAGAAAAACCCCACUCGUAGCCUGGAUGUGGUGCUGCUGGUGGGAGCCUCCAUGGGACAGUUCAUCAUUAGCUAUUUCACCAUCGUGGCGGUGGUGGCGACAGGAGCCAGAGGGUACCUGAACGCCCUCAACCUGUCCUGGGCCAUGCUGACUGUGCUCCAGCUCGGCCUGCAGAACUACUUUAUCAUCGAAGUAACAAACACAAACGCCCACGUCUUCCAGGAACAUCCAGAGAUGGACGUUCCUGGAAGACGUGGGCGUUUGUGUGCAGAGCCGCUUCCUGCAUCGCGUGUAAGGGCUCCCGAUGGAGGCCUUUGA